AUGGCCUGCUGGCAUCUGGCCCUCCUUCUGACUGGGGCCCUCCUGUCCGUCUCUCAGCCAGGCUUGGCCCAGCCGGAUGCACUGCUGGUCUUUCCAGGCCAGGUGGCCCAACUCUCCUGCAUGCUCAGCCCCCGCCAUGCCACUGUCGGGGAGCACGGCGUGUCUUGGUAUCAGCAACGGGCAGGCAGUGCCCCCCGAUAUCUCCUCUACUACCGCUCAGAGGACAACUACCACCGGCCGCCUGACAUCCCUGACCGCUUCUCGGCAGCCACAGACGCUGCCCACAAUGCCUGCAUCCUGACCAUCAGCCCCGUGCAGCCUGAGGACGACGCAGAUUAUUACUGCUCUGUGGGUUACACAUCCUAG